ACACGCACGUCGUAAACCUGCGCUCCUGUUUUACGGCAGGCCGGAAAGUGAGGCUACCUGCGCGGAAGAGCAGAGGACAUUUAGGAGGCUCUCAGCUAUGCCAUUGAUUAAUCUUCAAGAAAAAAUAGGUAUCGAUAUUGACAAAUGGUUGCUGAUCCAAAGUGGUGUACAACCUAAUCGCCGCCCAGCUCGUUGCCAUGUAUUUGAGAAGGAGUGGAUUGAAUGUGCACAUGGAAUUGGGAAGAUCAGAGCCACGAAGGAAUGUAAACUUGAAUUGGAAGAUUUCCAAGAAUGUUUACACCAUCAGAAAUUGCACAAGAGGCUGCGUGAUAUCAAAAUGCAAAAGGAAAAGCUAAUGAAGGAAGGCAAAUACACCCCUCCAGACUACCACACUGGCAACGAUGAACAACGACCGUAGCUGCUGCCCUCACUUCAUCACAUUGGCAAGAGCAACCAUCCUCGCAACACUCAGACUGAAGCAUUGCACUUGGUCUGCCAAAGAUUAUUGUGUAAGCUUUCAUGCCAUGGAUACCAGUAUACUUGUGCAGAUGGUGAUAGAUCUGUAUAAUUUACUAUUGAAUAAUUAAAUUCUAAUUCAGUGUCA